AAAUUAGACGAAGAGGAGUACAAAAGCUUAAAGUUUACAAUAUUCUUAAAAAGACACUGAUACGUUUAUUUGCAAAACGAGGCAACACAGCACCUGCUUUCGACAUUUCAGGCAGCCUCAGUGCAACGCGCAUCAAUCGAUUAUGCUGUUUGGUGCCGGGCAGAUGUGUAAAAGUAGUGAAAGCGUGCGUUCGACUACACGGUUUGCGUUCGGCUGCUGACAAUGGCGAUAGAAGACUGUGCCUCUAACUGCAAAGUUCCCGUCACACCUAGAGCGUACGACGCGAUACAAAAUGUUGACGUUGAUAGCUUGGCCACUCUGCCUGAAUGGGAGCUGCGGCCCCUGCUGCCAUGUCUCGUUCGCAUGGCGUUGUGUUCCCCACUCGAUCAACGCAAGGAGUGGGGUCAGAAAAAGAAGACUGUGCUUAAAAUACUCUCCGGAAUUGAGCUCGUCAAUUCACUCGUGGCGCUGUUGUCUAUCGAUUUCCACGCUCUCGAGCUUGACGUGAAGAAGGAGCAACAACUUCGAUUGAAGCUUGGACCUCACUCUGGUGACAGCAUAUUGGUAACGUCGCUUCAAAAUUCCUUGGCACUGGAGUUCGAAAGAAGUGACGCUGCCAGGAAAUUGCGAUUGGUGCUCAGCGAGCUUUUGGCUUUCAUUGCUCAAGUCAAGGAUAGCCGAAGUGAGCCAGGCACAAAGACUUCAGACCUGUUCGAUAAUGACGUCUACCUGGAUGAAGUUGCCGAUGUCAUGUGCAUUGCUCAUGCAGAACUCCCGGGAAUUCUGCACAUUCAGGACAUUGCGGAGACGCUAAUUCACCUUAGGAAUGGACCAGACCUCCUCUGUCGACUCAUAGCAAACGCCCCGGACAGUUUUUCUGAGGUGUGCCUUGCUCUGAUCUCCAAUGGUGACAAGCAAGACGAGGAUACGGUGGGUGGAUGUGUACGCAUGAACGCUCUGCAUCUGCUCUGCAGGAUGAACCCAGCACAGUCACUGGUGGUGCGGGCAAAAGCGGUGGAGCUGUGUCGAAUGCCCGGCCUGGCUGUCCUGCUGAGCCUGGACCACUGCCGCAGCACGGAAAAGAACGACGAGCUCAGUUCUGCCGGAGACUUGGUGGCCUUUGUGAGUGGCCUCUUGCUCGGCAGUGACGACAAAGUUCGCACCUGGUUUGCCCAGUAUGUGCGAAGUUGCCAGAAGAAAGGAGAAUCGGGCAAGGGCAGCACCCUGCAGGCCCUGCGUGAGGAGCUGCUGUCGCGGCUGCAAGGCCUGCUCCUCUCCAGCCUCGAGCAGCACGACUUGCCCGACUGUAGGGCAGUGCAGGCCAACGCCCUGCUACGCCUCUUCUGUGCCCUACGGGGCAUCGCCGCUCUCAAGUUCACAGAAGACGAGAUAGUGGUACUGAUGCAGCUUCUGACGUCGCACCCUCCCCCGAGCGCCGCCGGCAUUCGGUUUGUGUCGCUUGGACUGUGCAUGUUGCUCGCCUGCCCGUCCCUAGUAUCCAGCCAAGAGCACGAGCGCCAGGCAACUCAGUGGAUACGCUGGCUCAUGAAGGAGGAGAGCUACUUUGGCAGGACAAGCGGUGUGAGUGCUUCAUUCGGGGAGAUGUUGCUGCUGAUAGCGAUCCACUUCCACAGCAACCAGCUGACCCCCAUAGCCGACCUGGUGUGCUCCACGCUAGGCAUGAAGAUACCCAUUCGACCAAACAGCUUGGCCAAGAUGAAGAGCAUCUUUACCCAAGAACUCUUCACAGAUCAGGUGGUUACGGCGCAUGCAGUCAAAGUCGCAGUCACCCCAAACCUGAAUGCCAACACUGCGGGCUUCCUUCCUGUUCACUGCAUCUACCAGCUUCUCAAAAGCAGGGCAUUCACCAAGCACAAGGUGCGCAUCAAGGAUUGGGUGUUCAAGCAGAUCUGUGCCAGCACGGCCCCUCUGCAUCCGAUCCUUCCAGCGUUGGUCGAGGUGUAUGUCAACUCGGUCAUCGUGCCCAGCUGCAAGAACUCCGCCCAGGAGAUGACCAAUGAGCCACUGUCUGAGGAGGAGAUUGCUUCUAUGUUCGGCACUUCUCUUCAGGACGGCACAUCACCCAAUGGUGGGAAACCGGGUUCAAGCCCUCGAGAUGACAGUGGAGACAUGACAGUACCUCAGCUGCUGCUUCUGUACUACCUACUGCUGUACGAAGACACCCGGCUCAACAACAUGAAGGCUAUCGUGUCUUCUGGUCGCAAGGUGAAGCGGUAUGGUGCUGAACUGCUGUCCCAGCUGCCCAUCCGGUAUUUGGUAAUGAGGGCACAGAGGGAGGAACGGUACGCAGGCCUCUUCCCGCCACUGCUGCGCCUGCUAGCCUCACACCAUCCGCACCUCUGCAUGGUGGACGACUGGCUCCGUGGCGAAGGUGCCGCUGCAGUCACUGCUCUGCCACACCGUCGCUUCGGACCACGGUUGGGGCCAAGGGCACCGUGUACUGUUCCCAGCCUUGCGCAGGCUUUCAGCCGCCUUCGAAAAUGCCCUAUUGACCUGAUGUCACAGCUGGACCGGCUGAACACGAUGCCACUGCCCCAUUUGUGGCCCUAUGCUCAGCCGCUGGUCUCCAACCUACCUCUCCUCCUGGAGCAAGGAUGCCCACGACAGGUGAUGGAGCGAGCAAAGCAGGUGUGGUGGCGGCUGAACGAAGUGUUCCCUCGCCGACUCUGGGUGCUAACUGCCAACGCUCUGAGGCUACCUUGCCGCAUGCGACCUCUCACCUUGGAUGACCUCAUCUUGGAUCCUCUGCAUGUGCUGCGAUGUGACACUCGCGUAUUCAGGUGUGCCCUGGUGCUGGAACUGGUGCUGCACAUGCUUCGUGCCCUGCUGGCAGCUUCACGCACCCACCUCAGCCACCACCAGCUGGAGCAUCCCAUACUGUCAACACCAGGAGGCGCACAGCUUCCGCCUCCCACCGUGCUCCCUGCGUCUACGGUGGCUGGAGCAACAGCGGCACCGCCAGGACUCGACAAGGGUUGUUCGGAGGCAGAGAAAGACCGUGAGGAGCUGCGGCUGGCCCUGGUGGCCGCCCAGGAGAGUGCCGCCGUCCAGAUACUGCUCGAGUGCUGCCUGCCCACAGAUGCCGAGAAGAGUGGCAGCGAUGGCUUCCUGAUGGACCUUCGGGAAGUGCGCACUCUGGUCUGCACGCACCUGCACCAAAUGUUCAUCGCUGACCCCAACUUAGUUCGGCUGGUUCAUUUCCAGGGCUAUCCCAGUGAGCUUUUGCCUGUAUCAGUGUCACUGAUCCCAUCGAUGCACAUCUGCCUGGAUUUCAUUCCGGAAUUGCUGAGCCAGCCUCACUUGGAAAAACAGGUUUUUGCCAUCGAAUUGGCGUCCUACCUUUGCCUGCAGUAUUCCAUCGCUAAGUCGCUCAGCAUUGCUCGCCUGUGCAUCAAUGUAACGCACACACUGCUUGGAGUGCUUCCCAGCUAUCAGCGGCCCCUGCUGUUCCUGCCCGCAUUGCCCGCUCUGGUGCGUAUGUGCCAGGCCUUCCCUCCGCUGGCAGAGGAUGUGGCAGUGCUGCUGCUGCAGCUGGGCCGUGUCUGCCUCUCCCAGGAAUGUACCACUGCACCACCUCAGCUUGGCUUUUCAGCCAACCAGCUGGAGAAGUCUGCAGCCAACGUGGACGAGAAGGAGGCCCUCGAGGGCCGUGUUCCGAGCAACAGCGUCCUCUGCGGUGCAAUACAGAAGUCUUUUGCGGACCUAUGUGACAAUGCGGUGCUCAAUCGAACUAUUUACUAGGCCUGACAACUGUGGCAAAACAGUCUAUUGCCGCUGUACGCGGUGCAGUAACCGGAAUCACCAAUGUGUGCCUCCUGCUUUGUACAGUCCUAGAGAGUGCAUUCUAUUCGUCUUGCCAAACUGAUUAUGCACAUCACACGAACAGUUAAGGGACACAUGCCUCAGAGUCAAGGCAUGUGCCAUAAUAGUUUAAACCGAAGGUGAGGGUGUUUGUUUUCUUAUGGUUAUAAGGGGCAUUAGUAUUUAUUCAUGUGUAUUGCAUCACUGUCUAAAGACAUCACAUUCUGCAUGCAUCUAUUGUAAAUAGGUUUCCACUUUGUGUAGGCAAGAGUCUAUAGACUAAACCUUUUUUUCUUAGUACAGUCACGUUUCCUGAUCUAGUAACUUAUCCGGUGUAACUUGUUGAGUCUGCUAAUUUGUCACGCUUGCCAUGUCGCCUAAUUUAUGCCAUUAAAAGUUGAAACAAAAAUGAAGUGUUCAAUGCAUUGGUUUUCUUGCAGCAUGUUUUGCAAAGAUUUCAUUGUGGCCAACUUGUAGCUCGUGUCUUCACGCCUCAACAUUUAUUCAGAACCUUUGCAAUUUGAAUAAUCUGCCAGCGAUUUCGGUUGUGCUGUUAUCGAAACCCGUUACUCCCCCGUUUUACUGACUAACCUUACGCCUGUCUUUCAUUUUUCUUGGUGUGAUCCCUCCUGUUAAACAGAGUGAGUGUGGUACCAUGUAUGAAUGUUAAUUGCAGAGCACUUUAGCAGCCCAAGCUUUCGUAUGCCGACAUUGUCACUUGUAACACAGGCAAAACUGCACAUAGCAUAACUAUCUGUAGAAUAUUGAGCACACGCACGCACCAAGUUCUCCGAGCACCCUGAUGAUGAUAUUGUUGCGGGGCCGUGAUGUUGACAACGCUGGCAGUCAGCAUGUCCAAGAUGACACUAUUUGUUUGGCAAAACUUGUGGACGGAAAACAGGAAGACGGACUACAGCAAGCAAUGCACGCUGUUCACAGAUAUCUGCGAAUAGAGCGUCGGUCGUUGAUAAACUCAUCUGCGGCAAAGCGUGUCCUUUAUUAUGCAGCAUCCAACAUUUGAGCGUUAUCACUGGUGGGCGCGUUUGUUCGAAAAUAAACUCAGCUGUUGAUGCUUGUAUGUACUUGUGCAAUGGGCCGGUAACACAAAACAUAGGAAGAAAGGAGUGUGUGUGUGGCAAUAUUAAGGGUGGAGCACUUUAGGACCGGGGCUGUUGUAUAUUGUCGCUUGGCGUAACGCAGUUAAACCCACGUAUAAAAAUAAAAACAAAAAAGCGAGAAACGGAACUAGAGAAGAAAGUAAAAAAAUAGGAAGGCCAAUAUGAAGAAAAACAGACACAAAGAACUGGAGAAGAGAAAAAGAAAGAAAACAGUGUGCAAAGAAAGUUGAAAGAAAAAGAGGUGCAAGUGCUUGUACUGGUGUCUAUUCGCAGACAGUGUCAUCGCUGCCAGCUUUCGCUACAUUAGGAAAAAAAUUAAGGUCUCACCUAGAUUUGAACUCGGAUAGCUGGAUUCAGAGUCCAGGGUGCUAAUCAUUGCACUAUGAGACCGAACUUUCCUAUGCUGGGAAUUGAACUCGGGCCUUCUGGGUGAGUGCCAGAUACCGCAGAUUUAUUGCAGCCGUGGUCUAACGGUUAGGGCGCCCGACUUGGCUGCGGGAGGUGGCACGUUCGAAACCCACCGCCGGAUACCAACCGGUAAAAUUGGGUACAAGCGUACGCCCGGCCAGGCGCCCGGCUUUUUCAGGGUGUUGCGCUUGGGGGAAGCUUCGCAAACCCCGCUAAGCCCUUCGGGGCGAAAACCCAGUUUCGAACGCAAACCUAGCCUGCAAAGGUGGUUCUUGA